AUGGCCUCGCCGGCUGACAGCUGUAUCCAGUUCACCCGCCAUGCCAGUGAUGUUCUUCUUAAUCUUAAUCGCCUCCGGAGUCGGGACAUCUUGACUGACGUUGUCAUUGUGGUUAGCCGUGAGCAGUUCAGAGCCCAUAAGACAGUGCUCAUGGCCUGCAGUGGCCUGUUCUACAGCAUCUUCACUGACCAGCUGAAAUGCAACCUUAAUGUAAUCAACCUGGAUCCUGAGAUCAACCCUGAGGGGUUUUGCAUCCUCUUGGACUUCAUGUACACAUCUAGGCUCAACCUACGGGAAGGCAACAUCAUGGCUGUUAUGGCUACAGCCAUGUACCUGCAGAUGGAGCAUGUUGUGGACACAUGCAGGAAGUUCAUCAAGGCCAGUGAAGCAGAAAUGGUCUCUGCACUUAAACCACCCCGAGAAGAGUUCCUGAACAGCCGGAUGCUGAUGCCCCACGACAUCAUGGCCUAUAGAGGUCGUGAGGUUGUAGAGAACAACCUGCCGCUGAGAAAUACUCCUGCGUGUGAGAGCAGAGCCUUUGCCCCUAGCCUGUACAGUGGCCUGUCAACACCACCGGCCUCAUAUCCUAUGUACAGCCAUCUCCCACUCAGUAGCUUCCUUUUCGCUGAUGAGGAGCCGCGAGAUGCCCAUGCCCGCAUGCCUGUGGCCAACCCUUUUCCCAAGGAACGGACCCUCUCCUGUGACAGUGCCAGGCCAGUCCCCAGUGAGUACAGCAGGCCAGCCAUGGAGGUGUCCCUCAGCUUGUGCCACAGCAAUAUCUACUCACCCAAGGAGGCGGUCCCAGAGGAGGCACGGAGUGACAUGCACUACAGUGUGGCUGAGGGCCCCAAGCCUGCUGCCCCUUCUGCCCGAAAUGCCUCAUACUUCCCCUGUGACAAAGCUAGCAAAGAAGAGAGACCGUCUUCAGAGGAUGAAAUCACCCUGCAUUUCGAGCCCCCCAAUGCACCCUUGAACCGGAAGGGUCUGGUUAGUCCCCAGAGUCCCCAGAAAUCCGACUGCCAGCCCAACUCACCCACAGAGUCCUGCAGUAGCAAGAACGCCUGCAUCCUUCAGGCCUCUGGCUCCCCACCAGCCAAGAGCCCCACUGACCCGAAAGCCUGUAACUGGAAGAAGUAUAAGUUCAUUGUGCUCAACAGCCUCAACCAGAAUGCCAAACCAGAGGGCUCGGAGCAGACAGAGCUGGGCCGCCUCUCCCCUCGCGCCUACCCUGUCCAGCCUGCCGGCCAGCCACCUCUAGAGCCUGAGAACCUUGGUCUCCAGAUCCCACCCAAGCUCAGUGCCAGUGGGGAGGACUCCACCAUCCCCCAAGCCAGCCGGCUCAAUAACAUCGUUAACAGGUCCCUGACAGGCUCCCCCCGGAGCAGCAGUGAGAGUCACUCGCCACUUUACAUGCACCCCCCAAAGUGCACGUCCUGUGACUCUCAGUCCCCACAGCAUACAGAGAUGUGCCUCCACACUGCUGGCCCCACGUUCCCCGAGGAGAUGGGAGAGACCCAGUCAGAGUACUCGGACUCUAGCUGUGAGAAUGGGGCCUUCUUCUGCAACGAAUGUGACUGUCGCUUCUCUGAGGAGGCCUCACUCAAGAGGCACACACUGCAGACGCACAGCGACAAACCCUACAAGUGUGACCGCUGCCAGGCCUCCUUCCGCUACAAAGGCAACCUCGCCAGCCACAAGACCGUCCACACAGGUGAGAAGCCCUAUCGCUGCAACAUCUGUGGAGCGCAGUUCAAUCGGCCAGCCAACCUGAAGACCCACACUCGAAUUCACUCUGGAGAAAAGCCCUACAAAUGUGAAACCUGUGGGGCCAGAUUUGUGCAGGUGGCCCACCUCCGCGCCCAUGUGCUCAUCCACACUGGAGAGAAGCCAUAUCCCUGUGAAAUCUGUGGCACCCGCUUCAGGCACCUUCAGACUCUAAAGAGCCACCUGCGCAUCCACACAGGAGAGAAACCUUACCAUUGUGAGAAGUGUAACCUACAUUUUCGUCACAAAAGCCAACUGCGACUUCACUUGCGCCAGAAGCACGGCGCCAUCACCAACACCAAGGUACAAUACCGUGUGUCGGCCGCUGACCUGCCUCCGGAGCUUCCCAAAGCCUGCUGAAGCAUGGAGUGUUGACUCUUUUCUCCCUAGCCCUUCCUCAGACCCUCCCCGAAGGAUGCUGUAACACUUUACAAAGGUCAUCCCAUGACGUAGUGCCUCUCUCAUCCACUAGUGCAAAUCAUAGUUGGGGUGGGGGUGGGGGGCGGGGUUUGCGGGACCGGGAGCCAAGCCAGCUCCCCUUCCCACACUGCCAUAAGACAUUAAGAAAAUACUAUUGCUUCUUCUCCUAUGUGCAAGGCAAACCAUGUCAGCAAAAAGCAAAAUCAUUUUCUAUAUCGUAGGGGAGAAUGCAAAAGUUCUGAUGUGACAGGUUGCAACAUGAGGAAUGUAAACCUUCUGUGGGAACAGAAAUCUCUUUUGUAUGUAAAUGUGUAUUGUUUUAAAAGACAAGACUUCAGGAUGUUGUCAAAGAGAGGGCUUUAAUUUUUUAACCAAAGGUGAAGGAAUAUAUGGCAGAGUUGUAAAUAUAUAAAUAUAUAUAUAAUAUAAAUAUAUAAACCUAAAAAGAUAUAUUGAAAAUAUAAAACUGCGUUAAAGGCUCGAUUUUGUAUCUGCAGGCAGACACGGAUCUGAGAAUCUAUUGAGAAAGAGCACUUAAGAGACUAUUUUAAGUAUUGCGUCUGUAUAAGUAAGAAAAUAUUUUGUCUAAAAUGCCUCAGUGUAUUUGUAUUUUUUUGCAAGUGAAGGUUUACAAUUUACAAAGUGUGUAUUAAAAACAAACAAACAAAAAGAACAAAAAAAGUUGCAGAAGGAGAAAUGUAUACUUUUGUUCCAGUUUUCAGUUUGUAUAUACCUGUAACGUGUCCUCACGGUGCCUUUUUUCACGGAAGUUUUCAAUGAUGGACGAGCGUGCGCCAUCCCCUUUUGAAGUGUAGACAGACACAGGGACUUGAAGUUGUCACUAACUAAACUCUCUUUGGGAACGUUUGACUCCUCCCACAUUCUGCGUCAUGCUUGUUGUUAUAAUUACUCCGGAGACAGGGUUUGGCUGUGUCUAAACUGCAUUAUUGCGUUGUAAAAUAUAGCUGUACAAACAUAAGAAUAAAACGUUGAAAAGUCAA